ACACGUCACGAACACCGAACACCGAACACACACGCAACGCAAACGUCGAUCGCACCGCCACCGCGCGAACCGACGACGCCGUGCUUCUCGUGAUCCGUCCCCGGCGCGCGAACGCGGGCGGUCGUCGGCAGGCUCUUUGUACCUGUAAGGGUCCGCGAGCCACCUCGCCGCCGGAGGCUUUGUGUCCGCGGGAGUGCGCGGCGAGCCUCGCGAGGACAGACGCGGGAGAUCCACAGGAGCCGGCGGGAUGAACCGCGAACAGGCCCCCGCCAAGUCGCCCGAGGAGAUGUACAUCCAGCAGAAGGUGCGAGUGCUGCUCAUGCUCAAGAAGAUGGGAUCCAACCUGACGCAGAGCGAGGAGGCCUUUCUGCGCAACUACGCCGGCGUCGUCCACAGCCAGAUGAGCCAACUGCCGCAGCACCCCAUCGACCAGGGUGCUGAGGAUGUGGUGAUGGCUUUCUCGAGGUCAGAGACGGAGGAUCGCCGGCAGUGACCUCCGGCCAUGACCUUUCUGCCCUGCUGAGAUACGGGAGAGUGGGCGGGGCAUCCACGACGGGAGAGGGAGGCAUUUGGACGGUUCUCGGUGCCGACUGACUUCCUUCCUCUCUCCUCCUCCUCCUCGUCUCCCAUCCCCUUCCUCCUGAUCCCGCUCUUCCUCGCGCCAGCUGUCACGCUACGUCGGGUCGUGGGCCCAGCCCGAGCCCUGCCGUUGGACCUUGGGAUGGAAGCGGAACGAAUGGAAAGAAGCAAACUCAUAUUGGGGCUGGAUUAAGCCCAGCCCAGUCCAGUUGGGUCCAGUCCAGCUGGGUUGACUGUACCUGCGCCGCGACCCUUCCGUUAUGCUGAGUGGCUGAAGGAGCCUCGAACAAGACUUGUUUGCUGUAAGAACGAAGGACUUUCAGAGUGUUUCACGAACUCUUCUUUGGAACAUCCGCGAUGACGCGUUCUCUUAUUUCCUGUAUUUAUGCGUUGCUCUUUCAAAGCCCGAGAGGAGAUGCUGGCGAACGUUGUUUGUGAGUAGUUCAGUCAUGACCACGUGUUCGUGCUGUAGGCUUUGUUUCAUUUGUGCGCCCAAAAUGCGUUCUGGCACAACGUUGAGUCUCUUGUGUCUCCGCUUGCUGGCAGGACGACGUACCGAAGGACCAUCACCAUGUGGGGGAUUAAGGCGGCAGGAAUGGGCGGGGCAUGGCAGCGAUGUGGGUGAGGCAUGGAUGUUUGUGGGCGGGGCAUGGGUGGUGAUAGAGCAGGCACACGACAGCCCCUCCUACCCAGGGUUUAACAUUCUUGAAAAAGACUAAACCUUCUUACUGUAUAGACUAUAAGCAGACGAAACGAUAAACGAAUGCGCUCAUUUGUGCCAACUGUGUUUUAUUAUAUUCCUACACUGAGAGGAAAGGCAAUCAUGGUUUUUAAGUGUUUCUAGCGAUUGUCAUAGGGUCUAAUUUAUUGAUUUUUGUUACACUAUCAAACUGUAUUAAACUGUUUUUACUGUGUGGGUAAGGGGAAGAACGCGGUAUAAGUGUUUCAGUGUGAAGUGACGUAAUCAUUUGUGGAGGUUUAGGGUGAAAGCCGGAAGCUGUACAAUAAAGAACGCUAUAGAUGUGCUGGUCAUGGACACAGCUUUACAGCGUUGGUAUGCGUGCGCGUGCGCGCACACACACACACACACACACACACACACACACACACACACACACACACACUCUAUCAUUGACACUACAGCAAACAAAACUGUGUUUGCAAAGGAAACAUCCUUUUUGUCUGCAUUGAUUUUUCAUUUUAGUGCCAUUUUUAAUUUAAACUGGAAUUUAAAUGUAUUUUCCGUUUUUUACGUGCUUUAAAAAGACAGUCGUUCUCAUAUUACUUAACACGCAGUAUUUGGUGUGUCCGCUUUUGUGACGACAUUUACCUUUGAGUCAUUCACGUUCCGAACGCUUGGCACGUUUUGCAGCGCGCGUCCGAACCCACGGCCAAGGCACCUUUCGCCCGUCUCAGGUGGAGCGCGGUUCAGGUCCCGGUUUGUCUUCAGCAUUGAAUGUGUCCACUGUCCACCUCCUGUCCAUUUAUUGUGCCGACGUCCAGCACUCGAGUUUGUCUUGUGUUUUCUCAGCUGUACAGACACACUGGCCGUCGGUCGCCGUGUGUUCGUUCUCCAUUUUUAAGGUUUUUCAGGUUUCAGUAUUUGGGACACGUUUCUUGUGCCCGACUCCAUGUAUGUAUCUCACGCUGUUUCUGCGUUUCUAGUCUGCGUACGACUGUCACUGUGUUUGGGAGACUCUUUUGUAACUGCUAUAAUUUUCAGCAUGCUUUUUCCUAUUGCUAGUGCUAUACCUCCUAACGUGGUAAUUUGUCCAUGCUUGGUUGCUUGACUUUUUAUUUUACUUUGUUUCUCCUCUCCCCCGAUGCCUAUUAGUUAAAUCUGUGCCUGCUGGUCUGUUUUUAAACACAUUCUUUGAAAACCUGUAUCUAGUAGACCAUAAAGGAAUGAAAAAGUGAAGAGCAUUUUGUUUCCUCAUGAAAAGUUGAAAUGUUUGAACUUAUUGAAAGGAGUUUAACUGAGAUUUGAAAUGAUUUAAUAAACAUUUCGUUGUUCUUCAC